AUGGACAUGGACAGCGACCUGACGCAGGAGGAGCUGGAGGCGCAGGUGGAGGCGUUCAUGCGGCGGCAGGCGGAGAUUGAGGGUGGCAGCGCGGCGCGCAAGGUGGAGCCCGGCAGGGUGCUGGGAGCAGACGAGGUGUCAGAGGAGGAGGCCAAGCGCAUGUGCCGCGAGGUGGUGGGCAUCCUGCGCACCCUCAAGGAGCAGCGAGACAUGUCGCUGAACGAAGUGCGGCUGACGGUGGCAAUCGAGGACCCGCGCGCGCGGGAGCGCCGCCUCAUGGGCAUGGAGGACAGCAGCGGCAUCUCCCGCGAGGAGAUGGCAGCGGCGCUGAUGGAGGUCUCCGAGGGUCGCAUCCCCGCAGACCGCAUCGCGCUGCGUGAGUUGUGCAAGGAGAUGUCGCAAUGGCCAGCCCUGGACGAGCCCGCAAGAGUUCGCCCCUGGCUGAAGACGCCUGCGGCGGCAGAGGGCGGCGCCGGCAGCGCGCUGACACCCGCGGCCGAGGAUGCGGCGGCGGCGUGGCGGCAGCAGGGCGAGGUGCGGCCGCCCAUGGGGCGCGACCCCACCGAGCAGCCCCGCGGCAUGGCCGACCAGCUGCCCGACUGGGUGGGGUACGGCGCGCUGUACCUCGUCUCCAUCGCGCCGGUGCUCAUCGCCAUCGGCGCCAUCACCGUGCUGUUCCUGAACUCGCUGCGCUGA